ACGAAGGUUAAGUGGCGUCUUCAUCUUUGAGUGCCGACUGUCCGUCGGCCAUCGAUAGCUGAAUGCACCGGAAGAGUGCAGCGAGGUCGCUGCCUUCAUCGUCACGAUCGUUGUCCUCGUUGGCCGGUUCCCGCGGGUGUAAUCUGUGCAGUGACAACCGAAUGGGUAGCUGGAGACAAACGCUGGCAGCUGUCGUUCCGGCGACGCCCUGCGAUCCCGCACCAGAAAUGCAAUCAACAGACCCGCUCUGUCCGCUCGGACCGUACAGCAGUGUCGUGGAGGAGAUGAGUGUGAUGCCCGAAGUGGUGGCGUACGCGUGCGAGGCGUACGAGCGCCACAGUCCGGCGGGUGUUUGCCAUGAAGGCUCCUCAACGAAGCCUCAGUGUCGUUCGGGGUUGGGCGGUGGGGUAAGGUGUAUGGCCCGGGUCACACCACAGUGCAACAGGACAAUGGUGUGGAUGAUGGUGGUACUGUUAACGCUCGUUCAGCUAACGGCCGGGUGUGGUCCGGGUCGUGGGAUUGGAGGACCUCGCCGGACCCGGAAGUUGCUUCCGCUGGUGUUUAAGCAGCAUGUGCCGAAUGUGAGCGAAAAUUCGCUGUCUGCGUCCGGCAUGCAGGAGGGACCGAUCUCGCGCAACGAUAGUAAGUUCCGAAAUCUUGAGACGAACUACAACAAGGACAUCAUCUUCAAGGACGAGGAAGGUACCGGAGCGGACCGUGUUAUGACGCAGCGCUGCAAGGAAAAGCUCAACAUACUGGCCGUAUCGGUGAUGAACCAGUGGCCCGGUCUGCGGCUAAUGGUAACCGAAGGUUGGGACGAGGAUCAUAUGCAUGCGCCCGAGUCCCUGCACUACGAAGGACGCGCCGUCGAUAUCAUGACUUCGGACAAGGAUCGGUCGAAGAUUGGCAUGCUGGCACGGCUUGCCGUCGAGGCUGGCUUUGACUGGGUGUUCUACGAGAGCCGCAAUCACAUCCACUGCUCAGUGAAAUCAGAUUCCUCACAAUCCAGCCAUACGAGCGGUUGCUUCACCGGAGACAGCACCGUCCUGACAGAGGCCGGCGUCCACCGGAAGCUGAGCGAGCUGCGGAUCGGCGAACGAGUGCAGGCGGUCAAUGCAGCCGGACAGACCGUAUUCAGCGAGGUGCUCAUGUUCAUGGACCGGGACACACACCAGCGGCGCGAGUUUGUCACAAUCGAGGCAGAGGGCGGUGCACUGCUGAAGGUCACUCCGGCCCAUCUGGUGUUGGUGUGGCAUCGGGAACGGUCCGACACGCGGUUCGUGUUUGCCGACCGGGUCCGCGAAGGUGAUCACAUACUGGUGCACGUCGGUGGAACGCUUGAACCACGCUUGGUACAUCGAAUAUCGGCCACACUUUCGGAGGGUGUGUAUGCGCCACUAACGAGCGAAGGAACGAUCGUGGUCGAUUCGAUCGCUGCUUCGUGCUAUGCGCUCAUUGACAGCCAAACGAUUGCGCAUCUUAGCUUUCUACCGUAUCGGCUGGUGGAGAAGGUGCUGGCCUUGUUUGAACGAAGUAGUGCAAGCGAUAGUCUCAGCUUGCCAACCCACGAAGGUAUCCACUGGUACGCGAAAUCCUUGUACACCAUCAAAGACUAUCUGAUACCGGCGAACUGGCUGUACCACUGA